CGCCGCGAGGGGCGGGCUGAGGCGGUGCUGAGGCGGCCGCGCCCCGCCCGCCCCGGGGAGCCGCGCUGCCCCCCCGGCCGGGCUCUGCCUUCCCCGGAGCUGCGGCGGCGGGGUCGGAGUCCGGCGUUUGCGUUAAUGAUUCCGGCGUUUAACGAGGAAGUGCGCUGGGGCCGCGGCCGGCGCGGGGUCCGUCCUGGCGGCGCGGAACGGCCCCGACGGGCUCCCCCCUCCCCGGGGCAGGCGCGGCCGGGUCGCGCUGUUUCUUCUGGUUUCCUCAUCACGUUUUCGUGGUGUGGAGUGGCCGGUUGAAAGGGAAGCUCUAUGCAGGUAAUUUUGGGCCUCGAAUAGCAAAAAAACGUGUGUUGAAACAGAAAAAAACAUAUGGUUUCUAAAGCUAGAUGUCCUCUGCGCGUCGCUCUCCGUCAGGGCCUCCUCUCCCUCCGGUAACUGCCGAGCAUCUUGGACGGUUUAAGGAAAUUUUGCAAAAAUUUUAAGAUCCUAAAAAUUUUGUGACAAGAAGUGAAGGAGAGAGCUAAGGUGACCUCCCUGAGGACUGGUACGCUGUUCACACCCGGAGUCUGUGCGCUGGAGCAGGGAGAAAGCUCCCCGAAUUCAGGGCAGAAAUUAUCAGUUACACCUGCGAGAGCAGAGGGUGUUUUCAUCUUACCUAAAACUUUGUUCCUGCAAAGCCGUUGAGACUCACGUAACUCCGCUGCAGUUUUUUGACGUCGAUGAGACCAUUCACUGCUCGUAGAUCGAAAGCCAUGGUAAAUCUUCGCAGGGUCGUAGCAGCGGUCUCUGGAGCGGAGCGUGUCAGGACCUCUGCUUGACCCACGAGGGGGGUUUUCUCCAGGCAGCCCUGAGCGGUGCGGAGGAAAUGCAGUGGACCACUGAUGAUUUAACUAGGAUGCUUCUCUGCUGAGAAGUGCUGAGGGGGUUGGAAAUGACCACAGGGGGCUCUGAAAAGUAGUUCUGUGCCCCACCAAAAGAACGAUACGCUGGAAAAAUUGCAGGAGAGUAGUCACUGUGGACAUGCCGGUUUUCUUCCUGAACUGGAGGACUUCUUCCCGACAUACUCCUGUAAUGUUCUCUGACUUUCUCAUCACAAUCCAGCUGCUGUUGUUUUCUGUUAUCUCCUGCCUCCUUUGGGGCAAUGUAAUCUUGUGUGUAGGGAAUUCCUUUAAGGCCGUUCCUCUGCCUUUUCUCCGGGAGGAUUUUGUUGCAUGCGUUUCAAAGAGCUGCUUAAAAUUUCACUCCUGCAGAUUGACUGCAGGUUUCCCUUAUUGCUAGGCAGAGAGCAGCUUUACUGUUUUGGGGGACUCUGGUUUGAAUCAGUUUCUUUCUGCUGCAGUGAACGUUUCAGGGAGCUGGUUAAUGUCUCCUUUGAUGCUGCCUGUCACAGACGUGGGCAGAGCCCCAGCAGGGAGUUCUGGCAAAAGCACGAGACCUGAGUGCCGGCGGAGAGGGUAGGGUCGUCUUCACUGACCAGCACCAGAGGCUCCUUCUGCUCUGAACAGGGCUUGGCUGCCCCUCAUGUGAGUCCAAAGUACUUGGAACGAGCCCAGGAAUCCACUGCUGGGCGAAGUAACAUCGCAAGAGGAGGCUUUCCGUGGUGCGGGUGCACAGCCAGGAGUCAGAAAUCGGUGUCAGGAGUCAAAGCUGUGACAGAUCUCAGCAGAUCUGAGAGGCCUCCGUUUCCGUGCGAGGCAGAGAGGCGGUAAGCUGGGACUGACAAUCUUUUGACAAGCAUUUCUCAGAGAGAUAAUCAGUAAAGAAUAACCUCGGAAGAGACCAUCAUGGUUCUUGCUGCUGUGCGUUUUCUGCUGAAGGUCCCGAGUGCUGUGUCCCUGCAGGCUCCCCUGAGAAGAUCUCUCCAGCUUUCUAGCCAGGGCUAUCCAGUCUGCACCUCUCAGAACUCUAAGAAUUACGAAGCCAUAAAGCAACAGUAUAGACCAGAAGUGCCAGAGUAUUUCAACUUUGCAAAGGAUGUGCUGGACAGAUGGACUGAAAUGGAAAAGGAGGGCAAAAAGCCUGAAAACCCUGCAUUGUGGUGGGUAAGCGGUGACGGAGAAGAAGUGAAGUGGAGCUUUGAAGAGCUGGGAGUCCUGUCCAGGCAAGCGGCUAAUGUACUGUCUGGUGCCUGUGGUCUGCAACCGGGAGACAGAGUUAUUCUGAUUCUGCCCAGGAUCCCAGAGUGGUGGCUGCUGAAUGUGGCUUGCAUGCGAACAGGAACUGUCCUGAUUCCUGGCACGCAGCAGCUGACAGCAAAGGACAUUCUCCAUCGACUACAGAAAUCAAAGGCAAAGUGUGUCAUCACUGAUGAUUCUGUGGCACCAGCUGUGGACUCAGUUGGGCCUGAAUGCCAGUCUCUGAAAGCCAAGCUGCUUGUAUCAGAGGGCCACAGAGAAGGAUGGCUGAACUUCAGAGAGCUCCUGAAGCAUGCUCCUUCUGAUCACCACUGUGUGACCACAAAGCGUCAAGACCCGAUGGCUAUCUAUUUUACCAGUGGAACUACGGGGGCUCCAAAAAUGACUGAACAUUCCCACAGCAGCUAUGGCAUUGGCCUCACAGUAAGUGGAAGGUACUGGCUGGACUUGACUCCUUCAGAUAUAUUUUGGAAUACAUCAGACACGGGCUGGGCAAAGUCAGGUUGGAGCAGCAUUUUUUCCCCAUGGAUUCAAGGGGCCUGUGUCUUUGCACAUAAGAUGCCCCGCUUCGACCCAAGCAUUGUCUUUGAGAGUCUGUCAAGAUUUCCCAUAACAGUCUUCUGUUCUGCUCCAACUGCCUAUCGAAUGUUUGUGCAACAUAGACUGUCCAGCUACAAAUUCAGAAGCCUGCGGCACUGUGUGAGUGCCGGGGAGCCAAUCAACCCUGAAGUGAUGGGAGAAUGGAAAGAGCACACUGGGCUGGAUAUUCACGAAGGCUACGGACAGACAGAAACCGUGCUGAUCUGUGGAAACUUUAAGGGAAUGAAAAUUAAGCCUGGCUCUAUGGGGAAGCCAUCCCCAGGGUAUGAUGUCAAGAUUAUAGAUGAAAACAGUAACAUUCUGCCUCCUGGAAAAGAAGGAGAUAUUGCCAUCAGAGUAAAACCUACAAGACCAUUUUGUCUUUUCACUUGCUAUACUGAUGAUCCAGAGAAAACCGAGGCAACAAUACGCGGGAAGUUUUACGUCACUGGAGACAGGGGGAUUCUGGACGAAGACGGAUACUUCUGGUUUGUUGGAAGAGCUGAUGAUGUCAUCAAUUCUGCUGGCUAUCGCAUUGGCCCAUUUGAAGUGGAAAGUGCCCUAAUAGAGCAUCCUGCAGUGGUGGAAGCAGCAGUUGUCAGCAGUCCGGACCCCAUCAGAGGCGAGGUAGUGAAAGCCUUUGUUGUUUUAACAUCCAAGUAUGUUUCACAUGAUCCAGAAAAACUGAUGCAUGAGCUACAGGACCAUGUUAGGAAAGUUACUGCUCCAUACAAGUAUCCUAGGAAGGUGGAGUUUGUUCAACAGUUGCCAAAAACUAUUAGUGGGAAGAUCAGAAGAAAUGAACUGCGCCAGAAGGAGUGGAGAAAAGUUUAGAAUUACUUGCUGCUUUUUUAUAUCUUUUACAAAGUCAGAUAUUGCUGAUUUACCCUGUAAUGUAAAGUAAAAGACAUUAUAUUACGGCCUUCUUAGUUUAGGUUUUCACAAAUUCUGGUCUGACUCCCAGCCCUUUGGCUGUCCCACAUGCUACAGUAACAGCCCAUGGCAAGCAAACAGGCAGAGUGAUACAAAUGGAAUGGGAAACACCGACAAGAGCACCGUAGUUGGUCCAUGUUAGAUAAACUUAAUAAACAAUUGUAGGCAUUUUGUCUUUAUUGUUGCUUAAUUCAAAUAAAACAGGAAAAGUUUGA